AUGAACAUCAACGAGCAGAACCCAACACGCGCAGCAGAACUUCUCUCCCGACUGCAGCUCCGACCGGAGAACUCUGAUGCGCUCCAGAUGGUCUCCAGAAAGAGUCUGACUCAUAAACAAGCUGUCAUCGCUAAUGGAGUCAACAACGCUCCAGUUUUUAUCCCCAAACCACCAUCUGGAAACCUGGCCAAGUUCCCCGACCCGAUCGAUACCUCCGUUUACAGAGGAGACCGGCGGAAAAAAGGGCUCGGGAGGGGAAAAGGGGAGAAAAUAGAAACCAACGUGAGGCAUAAAAAAGGCCCGAUAAGCAACACCGGCCCCGAGAAUAUAAAGCCAGACCCGGACAGAAGAACGAGAGACGUGAUGGAUAAAACAGAAGACAAAGCCCCCCCGAGACCGGCCCGGCUGGCCGGAGAAAGUCAACAAGAUACUGAUGAUGACAGCGCCAUAUCCCACAUCAUUAAACUGAGAGCUAAGCUUGGAUGGGAUACAGAAUUACACGAGGACAUGUCGGAAACCCAGAGCGUGCCGGCUUACAAAUACAAAAGGCUUGUAGAGGAGAAAAAAUCCUUUCAAGAGGACAAAGGGGAUUUUUUUUACUGCCUCCCCAGAGAUUACGAUAAUCCUAGCGUUCGGUACGACCCGUAUGAUCUCCAGGUCGUUCCAGCGGCCACAGCUGUUGAUUCCGGCUCGUACUGGACUAUAAGCGCAUCACACGUCUGUAAGGUACACACGGCGUCGGAGGGAGAGAUUAUGGACGUUGCGCCUCUCAACGAGUGGAUACAUGAAAGGGCAAAUUACCACGCAAUCAAGGAUUUCAAAGUAUUUUCGCAGUGCAGGUUAUGGAAGGCAUUUGCAGUUUGGAAAAGAAACGUGCGCAGAACUAAGACGAAUAACAGCAAGGCAGUGAUGCUCCAGCGGCUGUAUUUUGCAGACGAGAUGUUUCAGGGAUGUCUCCUGUAUCUCCAGUCUAUGUGCCAGGACGCUGUGACCAUACGGGGUGACGAUACGUGUGAGGAUAAGAGGAUUUUGUUAGUUAAGCUUGAUGAGUUCCGUACCUACUCCCUGGAAGAGUUCUGCGAUGUCCAGUCCCAGUCCCAAUUUAUCGCUCUUGAAAAAAUCCAAGCACUCAGAGAAAAAAUUGUUCUUUUAAUCGCCCAAACGUGUCUGAAGGUGGCUGAAUUCGAAGGGAUGGGACACCUCUUUUGUGUCGAAGGCGCCAUCACCCCUAAAUAUACUGAGCUGUCCAACUGGCGAAGACUGCAGGAGCGGUUCGGGAGAUUUUUUAACCUUACAGAUGCCAUCUUCCAGGAGAUGCUUCGAUCGCUGGUGAUCAACUCUGUAAACACGCUGCUAGGAUUCCUAGAAGCCUCCAAUAAUGUGACUUCAAAGGACGAGAAAAAGAAUACAGAAUCUGGUCAGGAACGAAAGCAAGAAGGUGGAUAUUCUUCAUUGCUUAUAAAGGAGGAGAAGCCCCCUGAAAAGAGAGCGCCACCGCACCCGGCCCUGUCUGAGUCUGAUAUUGUUAAGGUGCUGAGUGACAUCAAAAGGAACGUCGAAAAUAAACAGGAGGCAGUGGCGGUGUUUGAAGUGAACCUAAUCCUUAACUCUCAUCAUACCGAGCCAGGAGAGCUGUCUGUGCCAUCCUCAGCUUCCAAAACCGACAAGCCAGACACGGAGGGGCACGCCGAGGAGCAACACGUAACUUUCACGCUAGAACCUGGCGAAUCAUCGCCUGUCUGUGUACUCCCAACAAAAAGCGAGUUCGAAGCAGGCAUGAAAGGCAUUGUGAAUGGAAUGGAGCAAACAAUAGGUAAGGUUGUUUCUCUUAGCAAGGAGCCUCGUCUUUCCAUAUUCGGCUGUCACAUGACCAAUAUUAAUAAUGAAGGCUCUCCGAGGGACCCUAAAUGGAGCUCAGCGAGUGGUCAACCUACCUGGCCUGACUGUGAGCUGCUUCUUGGGCUGGACUCAGAGUAUCAAAGCAAGGUUAAGGACAUUGUCUCAAUCGUUUAUCUUUCAAUGAAAGAUGUGGAAACCUACAGUGAACAUUUUAUCCAAUAUGGCGCCAUGGUGGGCACAGCUCAGAAAGUGAAAAUUAAAAUUGGCUCACAACAAACAGCCUUGUCUCCCGACGAUUUCCGGAACGUUCUCUCGAUGCUUAAGGACUUUAUCAGCGAAUGUAAACGGAUGAGUACGGACAGACGGAUCCGCGUUUUUAGAGUUAAAAGUCUGGAAUAUCAGACGGAGUGCCUGCAACAUCUGCAAGCUGCAGUGGAUAUGAUUCGUGAAUCCUUGCCUGAUGUGGCGUAUGCAAAGAAUAUUCAACUUUUGGACGUCAUCCACAAAGCACUGAGAAAGCUUAGCAUUGACCUAACAGGUGUGGAGGACUUCGUCGAGCACCUGACGUUCCUUGGUCAAAUAUCUUCCGAGCUUCCAUCUCUAGAGAAGAUGUACAGCACCGUUAUCCAGCUGUAUUCUGUGGCAAAAGACUACAGCGUGCGCAUUUCUUCUGAAGAGUUGGCCUUAUAUCAAAGCCUCAUCCCGAGCUUCCAACACCUCAAAUCAUCUGUCCUAUUCUGUGAAGCAAAAAAGGAUGAGGGCAUCGUCAAAUUCAGUGGGGAUUUGGACAAGUACAUCUCAGACUUGCACUUUGAGUUAAUGGAGCUUAAGACCAAGGUGAGGAACCCAGUACUGCUUCAGAGUGAUACAUUCCCACCGGAAGCUAAAGAAAUAAUCUUAAUGCUCCUGGAAGAAUUUGACGUUCUUGCCAGCAAAGCCCGGUGUUACUCGACCUACCAAGAGCGCUUUGGAAGUUCAAUGACUCAGAUGAAAGCUAAGUUAGCGGAUGUGCUUCAUUCCCAAAAGAGCUCAGCCGGGGAGGUCAGCAGCCACACGGUUAACGCAGAAAUCACGGAAAUCGAGUGCGACUUGAGUUUGAGAAAGCUCCUUUGGGAAUCCGCGGAAGAAUGGACCAAACUCUCCGCGGAAUGGAAGCUUACUCCCUUCGAUCAGCUCAACGUAGAUGUCAUACAGAGGGAUGUUAGUCGAUUCAGCCAUACGUUAUUUAUGCUGGAGAAAGGUUUGCCGGCAAAUGACAUUGGGUCAAGGUUGAGACAAUCGCUUCUGGAGUUCAAACAAAGUUUACCUGUCGUGGUGGCUUUAAGGAACCCCUGCCUCCAGGACAGACAUUGGGACGCGAUUCAUAACGCCAUCGGACGGCUGAUCACUCGGGAUAAGGGCUUAACAUUGGGAAGUCUUUUGGAGCUUAAGAUAUUUCAGCAUAAAGAUAAAAUUAUUGAAACCUCUACAACUGCUACGAACGAAGCUACCCUGGAGGGGAUGCUGAACAAAAUCAUUAGUCUUUGGAAUAAAACCGAUUUUAAGUUGACUGCGCACAAGUCUGAACUUUCCGAAGUACCGAUUAUUGCGUCCGCCGAAGACAUAACGGCUCAGCUAGAGGAAUCGCAAGUCAUAAUUUCAACAUUAAAGGGCUCCCGCUACACCGGACCAAUUAAGAACGCAGUUGCUGAAUGGGAUCGUAAGUUAAAUCUCUUCUCUCGCACAAUGGAGGAGUGGAUGAUUUGCCAAAAGAAUUGGCUUUACCUGGAACAAAUCUUUCUUGCAUCUGACAUUCAGAGGCAACUCCCGGCCGAAGCAAAGCUGUUCUCCCAAGUAGAUCGUUCUUGGAAAGAGAUAAUGAGCCGUACCAUGGAGCGCCCAAAUGCUCUUAGAGCAGCCACCGCUCCGGGCGUCCUGGAAGUUCUACAGAACAACAACGCUCAUUUGGAGAAGAUUCUAAAAUGCCUGGAGGACUUUCUUGAAAUUAAGCGCAAGGUUUUCCCAAGGUUUUACUUUCUCAGCAACGACGAACUUCUUUCCAUUUUGGCCGAAAGCAAGAACCCCAACGUUGUCCAGCCCCACCUGGUGAAGUGUUUCGAGAAUAUAUGCCAUCUAGAUAUUGAAUACCCUCUAAAAAGCCCCCCAGAGGUGGUGUUGAUUUCAUCUGCGGAAGGAGAGAAAGUUCCCAUGCCUAAGAAUGUGCGGAUAAGAGGUCCAGUAGAGCAAUGGUUGGGCAAUGUGGAGAGCAACAUGUUUGACAUGGUGAAAAGACUUGUAAAAAUUGGAGUCGCGGAAUGGGGUCAGUUGGAAUUUAAGAAAUGGGUUCUCGGUCACCCAGGUCAAGUUGUCCUCGUUGUGAGUCAAAUAAUGUUCAACAAAAACUGUGUGAGGGGCUUUGGCUGCGCCGAGCCAGAGAAAGCAUUACGCAAUGUUCAUGCCGACAUGGUGAACCAGCUGGGGGAGCUGGCCGAGAUGGCAGCGGACAUCCCUCUCCUCCACCAGAAGACCACCGUAGAAGCCUUACUCACCCUGUAUGUGCACUGCCGGGAUGUUCUAGAGGAAAUACAGAAGAAGAAAGUCUUUGAUCCAGAAGACUUUGAAUGGAUAAGACGGCUCCGGUACGAGUGGAACGAGCACAACAACUCGUGCUACGUACGCCAAGGACGUGCCUCGUUCUUCUACGGCUAUGAGUAUUUGGGCUGUUCCUCCCGCCUGGUUAUUACGCCCCUCACCGACCGCUGCUGGUUGACUCUGACCACCGCUCUUGACCUACAUCUCGGAGGAUCACCGGCAGGACCUGCUGGUACGGGGAAAACGGAAACCGUCAAAGAUCUAGCCAAGGCUUUAGGGAAACAGUGUGUCGUUUUUAAUUGUUCAGAAGGCUUGGAUUACAAGAUGAUGGGCAAGUUUUUCUCGGGAAUAGCUCAGUCGGGAGCCUGGUGUUGCUUUGAUGAAUUUAACCGGAUUGAUAUGGAAGUUCUUUCAGUAACCGCAUCACAGAUCCACGCAAUUAAAGCAGCUAAGGACAGUCAAGCCAUGAGGUUUGUAUUUGAAGGAAGAGAAAUCCGUCUGAAUCCGUCUUGCGGAGUCUUUAUUACCAUGAAUCCGGGAUAUGAAGGUCGUGUUGAGCUUCCGGAUAACCUGAAGUCACUGUUUAGACCCGUCGCGAUGAUGGUUCCGGACUACCAGCUCAUUGCAGAAAUCAUGCUCUUCUCGGAAGGUUUCAAGGCUGCAAAGUCCCUGUCUGGAAAACUGGUUAAUCUGUAUCAGCUGGCCAGCAAACAGCUCUCCCAGCAGAAACAUUAUGAUUUUGGAAUGAGAGCCAUAAAGACGGUUUUAGUAAUGGCCGGGAAGAAGAAGCAAGAAUUUGGAUCCAGACAAACUGGUGUGAGGCUGACCGCCACAGAAGAGUCACUUGUAAUAAUGAACGCCUUAAAAGAAGCAAACUUGCCUAAAUUUUUGGCUGAAGAUGUCCCGCUUUUUGAAAACAUUAUGGCGGAUCUGUUUCCUGGAAUAACAAGUGAAAAAACAAACACCGAGAGAUUAGAGAAAGCAAUAUCCUUAGCCACGCGUGAAUUAGGCUUGCAGCCCUGGGACAGUCAGCGGCAGAAGGUCAUACAGCUCUAUAAUCAGAUCGGGGCUCGUCAUGGUGUCAUGUUGGUUGGCCCCACCGGAGGAGGAAAGACGGCUGUCAGAAGGAUUUUGGAGAAAGCGUUGAUAUACUUGCCUUCAAUGUCCAACGGAAGCACCGCUUCAUUUAACAUGUCUAAGAAAGGAAAGGUGGAAACCUUCAUCAUCAAUCCAAAGUGCGUGACUCUCGGAGAACUGUAUGGCGAUAUCAACCCCAACACCAUGGAGUGGUCGGACGGGCUCCUGGCAUCAGCCGUCAGAACCUUUGCUCAGGAGGCAUCCAAGGACAGCACCAAGGAGAGUUUACAGUCUGUUAGCAAAGACAAUUUGGAGAAAUUAACUGAAGAUUCCAGACGUAGCAACACAAGAACAAAUGAAGAUUCUGUAUCACAUCACUUUAAAAGUGAGAGCCCUCCUGACUGGUACUGGGUCAUUUUGGACGGUCCCGUUGACACAGCGUGGGUAGAAAACCUAAACACGGUUCUAGAUGAUACAAGAACGCUCUGUCUGGCCAACGGUCAGCGGAUCCGACUACCGCACACAAUGAGAAUGAUAUUUGAGGUCGACAGCUUGUCGCAGGCGAGCCCGGCCACCGUCAGCAGAUGUGCCAUGGUGUAUAUGGAUCCAGUUGAUCUGGGGUGGAAGCCCUUCGCUAAGACCUGGAUGGCUCAGCUAUCUUCCAAAGUACCAGCGCGGGGUGUGCAGUACCUGGGCAGCUUACUGGAAAGGAGUGCGGAAGAAGGACUCAGGUUCAUCCGCAAGCGCAAGACAAGUCUGCCGUUCCCUGUGCAGGACAUCGGGAUCGUGAUGAACCUCUGCAAAAUUCUAAACGCUUUCAUUGACUUCAUGAGCACAAACGGCGGCUUCGGACGCGGUAAGCCGCGGACCCUGGUGGGACGAGAACGGGAGGGGGGGUACAAAACUUUUGGAACGUAACGGAACUUUACUUCUAGGGAGGACUCAAGAUGGUUCCUGGAAAAACAUCCGGAUCGACUGACCUCACUCCUAGGAAAGCUCUACGUGUUCGCAUUCACUUGGGCUUUUGGAGGAGUCUUAAGAAGAGAGGAUGAACAAGAGGGGGAUUUGCUCAUCGGACUGAAGGCCAAGGAUGAGUCCUUAGUCAACAUAACUUACGACUUCAGCAGCUUUGUCCACGACUUGUUUGAGGGCGAUCAGGCCGAUGGAGUUCAGAUGCCUUUGGGCGAAAAUUCAAUCUUCAGCUAUUUUGUCGAUCUGCAAACUGGAAACUUUGUGCUUUGGGAGAAUUUAAUCCCCGCCACGGACUCUUUAAUUCGGAAAGAGACGCUGUUGUUCUCGGAAGACGGUGCGGCAGGCGGGAUUCCACGCGAUCGCAGCCAAGGUCCGGCACUCCCGGAGUUCAUUCCCACCGUGGACAGCGUGAAGUAUUCUUUUCUAACCAGCCUGCUGCUAACGAAUAACCACCCGGUGCUCAUCGCAGGCGAUUCUGGAGUUGGAAAAUCGAUGUUAAUCCAGAACAUGCUCAGGAAGCUCCAGAAACCCGGCGGCCUGUCCGUGAAACCUGGCACAAUACUAGGGGACAUUUUUCUGUUUAACGAAUCCAGAAAAAUAAGUCUUUUGCAGAAUAUCACAUCUUUAACGGCGAGUAGAGGAAGCGAUGACAGUUUAGCUCUCGGUUUAGAUAUCGAUGGACACCUUGUCGGAACGGCACCAGAUGAACGAUUGUCUGCCGCGGAGAGAAGAUCUCGGAAGACGAAGCAAUUGAUCGUUUCGACCGUGCAGUUAGGAGCGCAGAGCACCGCUGCCCGACUCCAGAGCCAGAUCCUCAAUAAACUCAUGAAAAAAGGCAGAGAUGUCCUCGGAGUUCCGAAGUCUAAAACGGUGGCUGUAUUUAUCGAUGACCUAAACAUGCCAAAUACUGAAGCGUACGGAGCCCAGCCGCCGCUGGAGUUGAUACGGCAGUUUUUAGAGCUCGGGGGGUUUUAUGACACCAAGACUCUUACCUGGAAGAAUGUUCAGGAUGUCUCUAUGAUCGGCGCCUGCGCUCCCCCUGGUGGAGGGAGGAAUGAGAUCAGCCCUCGUCUCCUGAAACACUUCUGUAUGAUCGUCCUUCCUCACCCCUCGGUGCAGGCUCUGCAGCAUAUUUUCCAGGUCCAGUUGGGUUCCUUUCUGCAACACAAUAAUUUUUUAGCUGAAAUCCAGAAGUGUCGAGAUAUUUUAUCUUCUUGCGCAAUAGCCAUUUAUUACAAGAUGUGCCAGAGCAUGCUGCCAACGCCAGCCAAAUGCCACUACACCUUUAAUUUAAGAGAUCUCUUUAAGGUCCUGCAAGGACUUCUUCAGGGCAACAAGUCGGUUAUUGUCACAAAGGAACACGCAGCUCAGUUACUGUCACAUGAAGCCACACGUGUGUUCCAUGACCGUCUCGUGGAAGACAAAGACAGGGAAGUCUUUUAUCAGUGUCUGUCGGAUGAGCUUCAUAAUUAUUUCAAGAUUUCUUGGUCUAAGGAGAAGCUCAUGAGAGAGCCCGUCCAGUUCGCGGACUUCGUAGAGAUGAAUACAUCCAACAAAUCCAGGAUUUACCGACCCGUCACCAACCAGAAGCUGCUGGUAUCCAGACUAGAAGAAUAUCGCAUUAAAAUGAAAAUCGGUUCCGCAAACUCAGGAAGCGCGUGGGUGUUCUUUAAAGAAGCCGUCGAGCAUAUUAUAAGAGCGGCCAGAGUCUUCAGACAGCCGGGAGGUCACAUGAUGCUGGUUGGCCUGGAUGGCACGGGAAAAAUAACCAGUGCAGCCAUGGCUUGCUACAUCUCAGAGUGCGAGCUCUUCCGGUUGUCCCUAACUCAAAAUUAUGGCCAAUCAGAAUUCAGGGAAGAGCUGAAGAAAGUUUACAAGCGGACGGGAGUUCUAGGAAAGAACACGGUUUUCCUCAUCACCGACGCUGACUUGGUUAAGGAUUCAUUUUUAGAAGAUAUAAACUGUAUCCUGACCUCCGGAGAGGUUCCAGACCUUUUCGACAAGGAAGAGCUGGACGGGAUAUUUGUGGAUCUGAAGGCAGAGGCAUUAGAAGCCGACGUGUCGGACAGCGCGCAUUCAAUGCUGGACUUCUUCCUGCAGAGAGUCCGUUGCAAGCUUCACCUGGUCCUCGCGUUGAGCCCCGCUGGACACGCUUUCCGCGAGCGCUGCCGCUCACAUCCUUCCAUCGUCAACUGCUGCACAAUCGAUUGGUACGACGAGUGGCCCCAGGAGGCUCUCUUGGACGUUGCCACCAACCACGUCACACAACAGGAUCUGGCGCAGGAUGACAAGGAACUCCAGAAUAAUAUCGCCAAAGCGUGCGUUGAAAUUCACAAGAGCGUCUCGAUAAAAGUGUCUCAAUUUCACGAAGAGACGAGAAGACGUUAUUACAUCACACCUCAGAACUACCUGGGCUUCAUCGGCGCGUUUUCCCACAUCUUAAAGACGAGGAAAGAAAAGCUUCUGACAGACAGGAACCGCUUUUUCACUGGUUUAUCUAAGCUUUUGGAGGCAGCGGCAUCCGUUGAAAUCAUGCAACAAGAACUCGUGGCUCUGGGACCCCAAAUAGAACAAAAAACAAAGGAGAUAGAAGUCCUGAUGGAGAAGCUCCGGAAGGACUCUGUGGUGGUGGAGCAGGUCCGAGCUAUUGUUAAACAGGAGGAAGAAGUUAUGGCCGAGGAGACAAGAAUCGUUGAACAGUAUGCCGAGAACGCCCUGCGUGAGCUCAGUGACGUCCUCCCGGCCUUGCAGCAAGCAGUGACCGCGCUUGAUUCUUUGGACAAAGCUGACAUCUCCGAAGUAAAAGUUUAUACGCACCCCCCCUUUCUGGUGCUGACCGUCAUGAAUGCAGUUUGCGUUCUUCUGCAGAAGAAAGCAGAUUGGGCUACGGCCAAACUCUUACUCGGAGAUCCGGGGUUUCUAAAAAGAUUGGUGAACCUUGACAAGGACAGUAUCCCAGAUAAGGUCUUUACAAAAUUACGACAAUAUUCACAGAAACCAGAGUUUAACCCCAAGAUUGUCGGCUCCGUAUCGAACGCCUGCCGUUCCCUGUGCCAGUGGGUAUUGGCUCUGGAGCAUUAUCAUCAAGUACAGAAGACGGUGGAGCCAAAGCAGCGUCGCGUGGCAGAGGCCAAGGAAGCCCUGAAACUUGCGCAGGAACGGCUGAAACAAAAACAGAAAAGUUUAGCAGCAGUUGAAGAACAUCAGCAGUUAUUGCAGAGGCAGUACAGGGAAAGCGUGUCCGAGAAGGAACGUCUGGCACAUCGUAAGCGCCUAACCGCAGACCGCUUGAAGACUGCCGGCAUGUUAAUAACAGCUCUGGAUGAAGAGAAGGUGAGAUGGAAGGAGUCAGUCGACAAGUUAGACCUGAGGCUGAAAGGCAUCAUGGGGACGGCCUUGGUUUCCGCCGCGUUUAUUAUGUACUGCGGGGCGUUCACAUCCGAGUAUCGGGAGAAGCUCGUGGACGAAUGGCUGCGUUUGUGUAAAUUGCACGAGAUCCCGGUGUCUGAUGACUACUCGAUUAUUAAAGCGAUGGCUUCCGAGAAUGAGGUCCAAACGUGGGAAACAGAAGGUCUUCCACCUGACCCAUAUUCAACCGAAAAUGCAAUUCUGGUAAAGCACGGGCAACGUUGGCCGCUCUUGAUUGACUCUCAUGGUCAGGCGGAGAAGUGGAUCUGUCAGAUGGAGGGCGGCAGGCUGCAGAUAGUCCAAGCUUCUGAUCCUGGCUACAUGAAGGCCAUAGAAAAUGCAAUGCGGCUCGGAGAACCCGUCCUUCUGCAGGAUGUCCCGGAAAACCUGGACCCAAGUCUGAAGCCUGUUUUAGGUAAACAAACUCACAGAAGAGCUGGACAAGACUUUAUAAAGAUCGGUGAUUCUGAAAUAGAAUACAACCACAAUUUUAGGCUGUAUAUGACGACGUCGUCUCCUAACCCGCACUUCCUACCAGCGGUUUGUAUAAUGGUCACUAUGAUCAACUUCACUGUGACAUUUAAAGGUCUCCAGGACCAGCUUCUGUCCACAGUUGUUGCGCAUGAGCAACCAGAACUAGAGCAACAGCGCAUUCAGUUACUUGAGAGCAUCGCCGCCAAUGAGUUCACACUCCAUGAGCUGGAGGAGAAGUCGCUCACCCUGCUACAGAAAACGGAAGGCCACUUGCUGGAUGAUUUGGACCUGAUUGACACUUUGCAGAAAUCCAAAAUGACUUCAAGGGCGAUAGCUCAGCGGAUCGACGAAUCUAGGAGAACCGAAGCUACCAUCGAGGCGGCUCGUGGAGUCUACCUCCCAGUCGCCAAGCGGGGGGCUGUUCUGUACUUUGUGGUGGCCGAUCUCAUUCACCUGAAUUAUAUGUACCAGUUUUCCCUGCACUGGUUUCGCCGGGUCUUUGUGGAGUCCAUGGGAGCUGUGAACAUACCCCAACCACGGAUAUCGUCUUCUGGAGCUAUUCGUCCCCGGAGCCGGGAGAGGGGGGCACCGGAAGCGUCACGUGUCCGAAAUGAGGACAUCCAGAGCCACCUUCAAAACAUUAUGGAUACAUUAACAGGAAACGUCUACAAGAUUGUAUCGUCCGGGCUUUUCACCAAACACCAGCUCUGCUUCGCGUUCAUGCUAAGCACCGGCAUCAUGAGGAGCAGCGAUGGCGCAGAACCAGCGGGGAAUACCCAGGAACCGCUGCCCAAUACAGAGUGGGAGUUCUUCUUGCACUCCAUGACACUGGCGGCCAGCAUGAUGGACAAAAAGCCGCACGCCAAAAUCAAAGAGAGUGAAGGAGUAUCGGAGGACUCAACAAUUACCGACGACAAAGAGCAAAGCAGACGUACGUCUAAAGAUAUAGGUUCUUGCGACAGACCCCCAGAACCUUGGACGGAGUCCAUGUGGAGACAGUGUGAAUACAUGAGCUCAAACCUGGAGUCCUUCUCAUCGCUAUGCGAGUCUCUGUCAUCCAACCCCGGGCAGUGGGGAGCGUUCUCAGAGGCGGACGAUGCGUAUCGGUUUCUACACAAGCCGUACCGAGAUGUUACGGUCACCGAGGAGACCUCAUCCAGAGCAGAAAUAAUAUUUAAAUGGGAGGAACUUUCCUCUUUUCAGAAACUUAUUUUGAUUAAGGUCCUUCGGCCGGAGUGUUUAAUAAGUGCUGUCCGCGAGUUUGUUGUUGAGAAGAUGGGACCUCGGUAUGUUCAGGGCAGGAGGAUGAACCUUAAACAAGCUUUUGAAGCGUCUACACCCUGCUCCCCACUAAUCUUCAUUCUCUCCUCGGGUACGGAUCCGGUCGGUCAGCUGGAACGGCUCGCUCUGGAGACGCGGGGCAGCACAAUGCAUUUGGACAUGAUUUCCCUGGGACGUGGUCAGGGAACCAAAGCCGAGGAACUCAUCAUCAAGGCCCAGAGACUGAAAGGCCGCUGGGUGUUCCUUCAGAACUGCCACCUGGCGGCUUCCUUUAUGCCCAGACUGCAGGAAAUUGUCAACAGAUUCGAAGUUAAUAGCGCUUCCACAGACCCACAGUUUAGGCUCUGGUUAAGUUCCAAGCCUGACGCCGCCUUUCCAGUUUCCAUUCUACAGAAAGGUUUUAAGGUGGCCGUUGAACCCCCUCAAGGCCUCAAAGGAAAGCUGCUACAGACUUUUGACAGCAGCGGAACCGGGGUGGUGACAGAAAAGAUCUUCGAGAAAGAAGAGAGGGAACCGCACUGGAAAAAGCUGCUGUUCAGCCUGUGUUUCUUUAACGCCGUAGUAAAUGAAAGACGAAAGUAUGGAGCCCUGGGUUGGAACAUCCCAUACGAGUUUACAUCGUCGGACCUUGAGGUCUCGGUUCAGAUGCUUGGACUGUUUAUGGAGGGGCAGAGAGACGUCCCGUGGCAGGCCGUGCGAUAUCUCACCGGGGAAGUCGUGUACGGAGGCCGUGUGACCGACUCCUGGGACCGCCGCUGUCUUUUGACCAUCUUGGACAACUUCUAUAAUCCGGACGUGUUACAGGAAGACCACUCUUUCUCCAGUGAUAAUGUGUAUCGAUCACUGCCAGACGGGGCCACACUACAAGAUUACAUAGAUUACCUGGGGUCUCUCCCUGACGCCGACUCCCCUGAGAUCUUUGGGAUGCAUCCCAAGGCAGAGAGAGCCUACCAGGAAUCUGAGGCCGACGCGUUCCUAGAGCUGGCGAUCCGCUCGCAGUCCAGGAUCAGCGUGGAGCACACAGCAGACAGAGCUGAAAAAAGCAACGACCAGAUAGUCCUGGAGAUUAUUUUGCAUAUUCUUAAUGUAUUGGGACAGACAGUGGAAGGGAAAAGCACAGAGAAUGCCCCCGUUAAUGCAUCCGGGGACCGGGUUACUCUGGCUUCGCUGUUAGCGGAUCCUGCCUGGGAAGAACUUGUCAGAUCAGCCAAAGGAUUUGAUCCGCUGAUUAACUCUGCGUUAGUGACAGUUCUACAUCAGGAAAUUGACCGCUUUAACCAUCUGUUGUCCGUCAUCCACGUUUCGCUUCGCUCUCUACAACAAGCGAUCAGAGGAGAGAUUAUACUCAACAAAGACCUCGAGGAGGUUUAUAACUCUCUGCUGAGCCUUAAAGUGCCGGUGCGCUGGCAGAAAUGUGCGUAUGAGUCCUGUAAACUGCUGGGUUCCUGGGUGGACGAUCUUGUGCAACGACUUGAGUUUUUUGCAACAUGGGCCAAGAAUUUCCUCGAGCGCGUUCAGGAGAGAUUUAAAUACUCCAGACCAAACUCUUCGCAGAACCAAGAGAAUCUCGACGUUCCCAGCUCGUUCCUCAUGGAGCAACCAAGCGCCUUUUGGCUCUCAGCGUUUUUUUUCCCACAAGGGUUCUUGACGGCCGUUUUGCAGAACUACGGCCGGGUGAAAGGAUUAUCAGUCGAUUCUCUGUCCUUUAAACACCUCGUCCAGGCAUCACCAAGCGACUCUCCGGAAGCAACUAGAAGGCAAAAUCUACUCUCUACAGCUUUUAGCCAGGCGUCCCCGACACCCAGCGAAGGAGUUCGUGUUUUCGGUUUAUUUCUGGACGGAGCCAAGUGGGACAUUGAGAAGCAGACACUGGCAGAAUCAGACCUUCAGCGCAGGUUUUACCAAAUGCCUCAAAUACACUUCAUCCCGCAGAUGAUUUAACAGAAUAUCGAUGGAGGGACAGAGACUGAAUCACGUAAUGAGGAGCCGUUUUACACGUAUGAGUGUCCGUUAUACAGGACCCCAAAGAGAGCCGGAACACUUUCCUCAACGGGGCUUUCCACUAAUUUUGUCACCGCUGUUAAGUUGCCCACUCGGGGCAAAUCUAAGCACUGGAUCCAACGGGGGGCGGCUCUCCUGUGCCAAAUAAAUGACUAGGAGAAAACUAGAAACCUGAUCUUACUCUGUUAUACAGGCCAACUGUAACAUCGUCUAAAUGUAAUUAAAAAUCUGCAUAUCUCAUCAUACAAAA